GUUGAAAAUUUUCUGGGUUUGGACGUCACGUUACGUUGAAGACGGAAGAAAUGGUCCAAGCCACCAGCGCCCACCAAUGAUUCUUCUAUAAAAUUCGACCCUUUUUUAGCAUCAUACCCCAUCCUCAACAAUAUCUUCUGAUUCCUCUUCCUCCCUUUGAAUUUCCAAUUCUAAAGCCAUGUCUCAGACUGUUGUCCUCAAGGUUGGUAUGUCAUGUGAAGGCUGCGUUGGAGCCGUGAAGAGAGUUCUGGGGAAAAUGCAAGGUGUGGAAACUUUUGAAGUAGAUUUGAAGGAGCAGAAAGUGACCGUGAAGGGCAACGUCCAGCCCGAUGCGGUUCUGCAAACUGUGUCCAAGACCGGAAAGAAGACCACCUUCUGGGAUUCUCCAACAGAACCUGAGGCGAGGCCGGCUGGCACUGUUGCCGCGGCUUAAAAUGUCCCGCGGUUGCUGAACUGAUUGAUGUGGCUAAUAGCAUUUUAAAACUGUCAUAUGAAUUGUUGAAUGUAUACAUUAAGCUAUUGGGUGCUUAAAAUGAUUUUCUUUUAA